GUCAAACCACUGUCAAACUUGUAAAAAAUUGUCUUGACGGCUUUUGUGUAAUUUCGGCGGAAAAUGUUUUAAACUUUUCUAUUGUUAUUUACCCAGUCAACAAACUUACAUUCACAGAAAUUUGGAGCCCGAGUAUCCCAGAAUCAUGGACGACCAAGCUUGUCCCCGUUGUAAAACCACAAAAUACAGAAAUCCUUCACUGAAGUUGAUGGUAAACGUUUGUGGCCAUGCUUUAUGUGAAAGCUGCGUUGAUUUACUGUUCUUGAAAGGUUCUGGUUCCUGCCCAGAUUGCAAUGUACCACUCCGUCGCAGUAACUUCCGAGUCCAAUUAUUCGAAGACCCCAUGGUAGAAAAAGAAAUUGAUAUCAGGAAGCGAGUCCUCAAAGAUUAUAAUAAGAAGGAAGAGGAUUUUGCUUCGUUACGGGAAUACAAUGAUUAUUUGGAGGAAAUUGAGACAAUUGUUUAUAAUUUAACUAAUAACAUAGAUAUUGUUGGCACUAACAAAAGGAUAGAACAGUACAAAAAAGAUAAUAAGGAAAUUAUAAUGAAGAAUAAAGCUAAAAUAGGCAGAGAAGAAGUUGAGUUAGAAGAGAUUUUAGAAAUAGAGAAACAGAUGGAAGAACUUCGCAGAGCAGAGAUAAGCCGCCUAGAGCAAGAAGCCAAAAAACAGAAGAUUAGGGAGAAAGAGGCUUUGAUUGAUGAGCUGAUGUUUGCAGAGGGUGAUGCCAAAGAUAUACUCAAUACAUUUGCACAGAAUAAAGCUAAUAAGCAGGAAGAGGUGUUGCCUGCAGUGCCAAAGGUAACUCAGUUCUCUACCGGUGUGAAGUUCACGCGGGUAUCAACACAGCCGACAUUGCCGCUCAUAGAAGAAGGCCCGCUUUACAAGUAUGAGCCCCCGGUUGUGCCUGACCGGUGCGGACCAGACCCACCUUCUAUUGAGGAUAUUGUUGCUCUCGGUUAUCUGAAACAUGUCAGAGCAGAGAACGAGACAGAGAAGGCAGGCGGCUACAAAUCAACGCUACCAUGCUUACGUGCCCUGCAAGAUGCUCUAACGGGCCUGUACCACGCGAGCUGACCAGACGCAGCCGCCGCCGAUACUGUCAUAGUAUUAGAUUGAGAGCGGUAGAUGGCGCUAGUGAAGUGUUUCAAUUGUGGACUCUGUGUAGUGAGGAAUAAAGACGAAUUUUGAAUGUGUUGUGUCCUUGUGGUUUAGUAAUUGCUGGUUUAAGUGUGGUGUAUAGUUCUUGGCAAACUCUAUGGCCUUUCACAACUAACUUCCGAACAUGUGGUCAUUUGGGCCGCCAUAGAGUUUUGUGAGCACUAUGAAAUAUUGUAAAGAAAUGUAAGGCAUCUAGCAGUUGCUUAGCACAUGGUAGCUACUCUAAUAUUCUGUCACUGUGUUGUUGUUGCCAUUUGCUAAGUAACUUCCUUUUAUAUGGGUCUAAGUAAUGUCAACUAUUGUUAACUAAUGUAUUAAAAGUGCCAAAAAUGUAUGUAAUGUGUGUAAUACAUAGUUUAAGGUUUGGAACAUUGUUGGAAUAUUACUCAGGAAUCUGGUUUUGUAAGGACCUUUUUAGUACCACUUAAACGUCUACACUAGCGCCACCGCUCUUCAAGUGUGUAAAUGCGGAGUUUGAAUGAAUGGCGAGCAACGGCAUUAACAAGACAGUAUGGCGGAAAAAUUAUCGAAAAUGGAAAUUCUAUCUUUGUGUAAAUGUUUUACAUAUUAAGUUAAUAAUGUUAGGAAAUAGGGUAUGGAUAUUAGGAUGCUAGAUUGUAAUCACUGAGACAGAUAAGCGAAAUAAGUAACUUUUGCAAAAGUACUGGCAGUUUAUUGUCUAUCUCAGUCUGUCUUUAGUGUAUUUCAUAUUGUCUAUCCCUUUCUAUCUUCACUAUAUGCUCCAUAGGUUUUGUAAGGAGGUUGCCAAUGUGAAUAAAUGUACAUAAGUUGUUAUGUAACGUUGUUAGCUAACUUAAGUACUUAUUUAAAUACAUUGUCGGGUGGAUUGUUGUUAAUUGCUGUUGUUUUGUGAUAAUUAAAAUGUGAGUGAGAUUUA